AUGCCAGGCCUUGAAUUUUACUCGAAAACCGAGACUGCCCCACCAAGCAAUUCUCGCUCAGAGUCUCGUCCAGAGGCGCGUGAGGAUCUUAAUGACGGGCCAUCUCGUCCUGGCGUCUACUAUAAUGCUCGUCUGGACCCAAAAAACUAUUUGGAAGGACCGCUAUCUGUGAACGCCGCCACUCGGUUGCGACAGAUGUUAGCCCGACCCGGAAUAGUUGUUGCUCCCGGAAUUUGUGAUGGUAUCAGCGCCCGAUGCGCAAUCGAAGCCGGUUUCGAUUGCAUGUAUCAAAGGUAUACCUUUUGUCGCGGCCUAAAGUUCCUCCUCGCAUAUACCGACCUUCGUUUUAGUGGUGCGGCAACUACAGCGUCUCGUUUGGGACAACCAGACCUUGCCAUCGCGACCCUCAAUGACUUCGUUGGAGCGGCACAGAUGGUGUGCAGCAUUAAUCCUUCAAUACCAGUCAUUGCAGAUGCCGACACUGGGUUCGGCGGUCCCGUGAAUGUCGCUCGCACUGUGAGACAAUAUAUCAGUGCAGGAGUCGCUGGCAUGCACAUCGAAGAUCAAGUUCAGACUAAGCGCUGCGGCCAUUUGAUGGGCAAGCAAGUCGUCUCUCGUGAGGAAUUUUUAACGAGGAUCAGGGCAGCUGUCAUUGCUCGCGAUUCUAUCCCAGGAGGUUCUGAUUUUGUCAUCAUUGGCCGAACCGACUCCGCUCAGGUGUUGGGAAUGGAAGAGGCGAUCACUAGGCUCAAACUGGCAGCAGAUGCAGGCGCUGAUGUUUGCUUCAUCGAAGGAGUCAAGACGGCGGAGUUGCUACAAUCGACUGUCGCUGCACUGGCUCCAAAACCCGUACUCGUAAACGUGAUAUCUGGUGGUCUGACACCAUCAUUUACAUAUCAUGAAGCCGAAAAACUUGGUGCUAAAAUCAUCAUAUUCUCGCUGGUAUCAUGCGUCGCAAUGGUCCACUCAGUCCGCGCUGCCAUGCAAUCUUUGAAGAAAACGGGUACAGACUUUACCUCAGCUAAAGGAAUGGACCCUAAGUCAUUCUUCGAAGUGAUGGGUUUGAAUGAAGUAAUCGAACUUGAUGCAAAGGCUGGUGGAUCAGCCUUCAAUGUCGUAUGA